GACUCAAAAAAAACAGAGACUGUACUCACAGACGCCGGUGUUGUGGAUAAGAAAAAACAAAGCAAAUCCCAGCAACUGAAAACUGUUUUUAAAGAAUAUGGAGCCGUGGCUGUUUCAUUGCAUAUUGGGAUCUCGUUACUAUCUUUGGGAAUAAUCUACUUGAUUGUUUCAAGUGGCGUGGAUGUAUCUUCCUUUCUCUUCAAACUAGGGCUUGCAGAAUCGUUCCAUAACUCUAAGAUUGUCACCGGCACAAGUACAUUUGUGAUGGCCUAUGCUGUUCACAAAUUGUUUGCUCCAGUAAGGAUUAGCAUCACAUUAUUUUCUCUGCCAUUAGUUGUCAGAUACUUUCGGAGAGUGGGUCUUUUUAAGGCUCCAAGCAGCAAGCCUUGAUUCAUUAACCAGACACAUAAACUUGUCUUUUCUUUUAAGUCUUAAGCCUUUUGGACGUACGU